UACAUACUCACCGACCCCCAACCCACGCAGCAGCUCUCUUUACAGGUUCGGAGCAUUGCCGGAGCAUCCCCACACAAUCUACUCCGUAUAACCCUACCGGAUCCAUGCGCACUGCCCAGACUUGCCAAGAUCUGAGCUUCGUAGGGGGCCAACUCUACGACUGUCCUUACCCCGCCCCAACGUUAGCAGACAGUGUUGAUGUUUCCACGGUGACUCUGGCCUCCUUUUGGGCUGCUGGUUCCCCAGACAACACAGCCUGCCAGCAGGAGUCGACACAGCGGGAACUCCUCUCCCGCUUGGACUGUGGGACCUCUCCACCUGACCCCAACUGGAAUGACCACCUGUCGCCACAUUUGCAGAGAAACAAGCAGCUUCAAGACACAUUGAUACAAAGAGAGGAGGAACUGGCAAGACUGCAAGAGGAAAAUAACAAUCUAAAAGAAUUCUUAAACUCCUCAUGUGUGAAAGCCUUGGAGGAAAAAACGAAGAGCCUUCUCUCUGCUCAGAGUGGCGAUGGGAGGAGGAAGCGGAAUUCUGAAAUCCAGAAUCUGCAUGGUGUUGGAGAAUUCCAGAACCUCAGUGCCAGUCAGCUGCUCCUUGGUUCCCAGGUGAAACGGACCUGCCGGAACUUGUCCCUGGAGUUUUGUCCCGAAGAGGAGCUAGCCUGCACCGAUUCUGUGGACCUGUGGAUCUUGCAGACCUUGGGCCUGAAGGACGAGGACACCAUCGAUACAUCAUCCACUGAAUACAGCUUCAACUGCUCCAUUAGCUCCCUCACCAAAUGCAGCUCUGUCACAGACACCUCUGAUGACUACUGCCAAACAACCGAUCACAAAAAUACAGCUUAUGACUCAAAUACUGAUGGCCUGUGCAAUGGUGCCAGUAUAGGACUAUCCAAUGAUUACUGCUUUAACAUCAACAGUGACUACAGUCUCUCUACAGACUCAGGCUCUGACUUCAAUGGAACUGUGCUGUCUGUCCUAUACAGCCCUAGCAUAGAAGUCCCCCCCAAUUUUCAUGUCACCCCUUAUGAACCCCCACUGCCCCAAUCGGUCAACACUCUCUCACCACCUGAUCCAAUACAGUCAUUCAGGCCCAUCUUAGCCACCUCCCCCAACCUGUCUCAAGACAGGAGUCCCGGGCUGCACCACACUCCCAGCCUGCACUGCCGUAGCCUCUCCAAUCCCAUAGGGGGUGACGUGAUGAAUACCCCAUUGUCUACCCCACGUAGCCAGAGAGAGCUGGCCUUUAGCGUGUCCCUAAACCCUUCCAGCAGCGUCAGACUCAAGACACACAGCUUUCCUCAGGGACAGGCCUUCGUCCGCAAGAACACCCAGGGAGGCUGGAACUUUACCUGGGUCCCCAAACAAGGCCCGUAAGCCUCAUUUAUACCCUACGUACAUAUAAAGACAAGCUCUACAAUUAGCUAUGCAGACGCUAAGUAGUUGGAUAGCAAAAACAUGUUAACCCUACUUUGAGUGUCAAUGAUGAUAGCAGUGAUGAUGGUAAGAACUUCCUGUGUUCCUGUAUAGGGACCAGAGUUUUUCAUGGCCAGGUUAAUUGGAUAGGAAAGACGUGUGACCCUAGCUAUUAUCCUACCCCCCUUCUACAGACCAGAAACAGAGCCUGUCAUUCAAUCAGAGCUCAAUCAAACCAGUACCCAGUGCUCACCCACCAGUCGAUCACGAUCUUGACUUGAUUCAGCAGCCCUAGUGCCAGGAAUGUAAAGUGUUCCCAUGUUGAACCAUUUAACGUGUCUGAAGAUAGAACUCCGCCUACCCAGCAGGUCCAGAGAACAACUCAAGUGCACCUAUUAGGCCUACCACUGGCCAAUCAGAUCGCUCAGAUCAGUGUCUGCACAAUUUCCUUGAACGCACAGCAAAGUUGAUAAUGUGAUAUUUCAAAAAUAUUUUGAUAAUGUGAUAUUUCAAAACUAUUAAAGUCAUGACUAGAGAGAGACUCAACAAAUACAGCAAAGAGCAACUUUUUUUAAUGAGUAAGUUCAUGUUUAAGUUGUUAUUCAGCACCGUCAACACUUAUGUUUUAUAAGCCAUAAAAUGUGUGUUGUCCCUACUUCCACUCACGCAACAACCAGCACUGCAGCUGUAAUGUAAUGAGUAUAGCAAAGUGUUUCAAUGAACUUCUGUUUUUAUUAUUUUUGGCUUGUCUUUUUUAAUAUCGUGGAAUAUUUCACUUUCUCUGGUCAUAGGAGUAACAACAUGAAUUGAUGCAUGAGGCAGAAAUAAUACUGUGUGACUUAUGUUUUGCCAUCAGCUUAUAAGAAUAUUUGGAAGAUAAAUACACAACGCAGAGGACUAGAAUGAAUGAUCAAUAGGGAAUUCUCAAUGGAAAUAGUUGGUUUUCAGUUCAACAGCUGUUUAGAAUCUGUGGAAUGUCAGUCCUGAACUCAGAGCUACGUGUCCCAUGUUUUCAUUGGUCUGGAACAGGAUACUUGUUAUUUGGCCAUUGGCCCAGUUGUACUACAAGGACUUCUGAUUGGUCAACCCCAGGCUAGGGUGGGGGGUUAUAAGUGGCAUCCUGUUUCUUUGUUCUGUGGAGAAAAACUGAGGACAGGGAAGACUGAACGUCUACUUCUAAUGCAUAACAUCUAUGAUUUGU